UCAAUAAAGAUAUGUUUUGAUAUAAAAGGUUGACGAUGGCAUAUGCAAUGGAUACAAAGGGAAGGCAAAAGAGUAAGGGGGGUAAACAGAUCGUUGCGGCAAUAGAUAUUGGAACGACCUAUUCUGGAUAUGCAUAUUCCUUUGCACAUGAUUUUAGAAAGGACCCGAUGAAAGUUUACGGUAUUACAAAUUGGUUUCCGGGAACAGUGCACUUGGUGACAAGUAAAACACCGACAAUUCUUCUCCUAAACAAUGACAAGACAUUUAAAGCUUUUGGUUAUGAAGCAGAAAAUAUGUAUGGUGAACUUCAGCCUGAGGGGGUUCAGAAAGAUUACUAUUAUUUCAAAAGCUUUAAGAUCGUGCUAUACAAUUCAUUGGAAUUAAAAGGAGAUACAGAAAUAACAGACGCGUUUGGUCGAACAAUGAAGGCGGUAAAGGUAUUUAGCAUCGUUAUUGAAUACUUGAAAGAUCAUCUUUAUGGUGGACUAAAACACAUAUUACUUGAUGUUGAUGAUAAUGACAUACGAUGGGUGUUAACAGUUCCAGCUAUAUGGAACGACAGCUGUAAACAGUUGAUGAGAGAUGCCGCGGAACUUGCUGGAAUACAGAAAGAAAAUCUGAUUAUCGUCCUUGAACCUGAUGCAGCCUCGUUAUUUUGUAUGCAUCUUCCAGUUGCUAGAAUUACAAUGGAAGGGAAUAUGUCGGAUUCCAUGCGUGUAUCUCCAUUUUCUAAAGGUAGAAAAUACAUGGUCGUUGAUGCAGGGGGCGAAACUGUUGAGAUAACUAUACAGGAAGUGAUUGAUUCAGACAAACCCAACACACUACAUUCGUUUGGUGGCGCGUGGGGUGGCACGGGGGUCGAUGCUGCUUAUGAAAACUUUCUCACGACAAUAAUAGGAGAAAAAACUUAUGAUCGAUUCAAAACAGAAUCUGCAGAAGAUCACAUCGAUCUGCUCCGAAAGUUUGAAACUAAAAAAAGAGGAGUAAUAGCUGGAAAAACUGGAAAAGACGUCAUCAAAAUCCCAGUUUGCUUGGCAGAUGUGUAUCAAGAGACAACUGGAAAAGGGUUGAAAGAUAGAAUCUGCGAGAUACGGGAGUAUCAAGAUAAAGUCAAAUGGAAUGGAGAUAAAAUACGAUUGGAUGUAGACAUUGUAAAGUCAUGGUUUGAUAAAUCAUGUACUGAUAUUGUACAACUCGUAAAAAAGAUAUUCCAUGACGACAAAAGUGUCGGCGUCAACACAAUCUUACUUGUCGGUGGUUUUUCUGAAUCACAAAUGCUACAAGAAGCCAUGAAAAGAAAUUUUCCAGACAAAAGAUUAAUCAUACCUGAAGAAGGAAGUUUGAUGGUUUUAAAGGGUGCUACGAUAUUUGGACAUACAAUAUAAAUACUUUUACUGCCUGCAAGAACUUUAUUUCUGCUUGGAUAACGCAGAUUUGAUACACAAAAACGCAGAUUUUUUUCUCUUUUUUCUUUUGAUUAUAUGUGUUGAUACAUUUUCACGUACUAUUUGUAGUGUGUACUCUCAACUACACAACUAGUAUUUUAUACUUCUAUCAUUGUUGGCUUUUGUAGAGAUUAACGGGUUGUAAAUUUACAGCUUUCUGUAUAUAAUGUUGUGAACUUGUUUAUUUCAUUUUAUCUAAAUAAAUUUUUGUCACUUAAAAUUUCAGACAUUCACAAAUAAUAAAUAGUACAUAUCUUA